AUGGCGAGUAAUAAUCCUCUGGCGGAGAAAAAUCAUUUGGGCGACCAAGAGACCGUAUUCACAGAGACCCCGUUAGGCGGCAUCUCAAAUAAUCAUCACAAAGAUAAUAAAAUAACCUCGGAGGAGGUAUGUCUUCCUCAUUCUGUUAGUAUAGAUGAUAAUCCAGUAAGGUUAUCUUCUAGUAUCCAUUUAGCUUCUGGAGUAUUUGGUGAAGAAUCCCCUUGUAACGCAAGCACUAAUAGUGUGAAGCAAGAGAUUAUUAAUUUACUUUCGGAUGAAGUGGCCACGGAACCGGGAGAGCAUCCUGAAAGAGUAUUCGAAGGAAGUAGAUCUGACUUGCGAUGUAGUAAAUCAGAAACAGCGUCACACUCUCUAGCACGUUCUUUUCAAUCACAACACACGAGGAAAGAUGAUGAUUUAACCUCUUCUCGCUGUCCCAGUGUGUUUGUUGAUUAUCAAAAUCCAACAUCAAUAAUGGCUUCUUCGCAUCGUCGUACCUCACAAGCUUAUGAUGUACGUUCGAGGGCUUCAACAAAGGUGAGUGUCGAUUUCUCAAGCACAAAUUCAUAUACACAUGAACAUGUACCUGGACCAUUUUCAGAGGAAAUGCAGCCGGAAUCACCUAUAUUUGUUCGACAACCCGUUUCUACGGAGGACUUGAUGCAUGAGAGAAACAUUGUAAGAAGUUUUAAUGCCUUGAGUAGCGAAGAACGUCGUCUUGAAAUUGUUCAUGCUCUUUUUGAAAAGCAUAUCCAACCGUAUGAAAGACGUCCUUCUUUUACUGCAGAUACUUGGGAUAAGAUAAAACGAGUGGGAAACAACGAAAAAAAUUUUGCUAUUCAAUUUGACCGUAAGCGGUUUUGCUUUUAUGUAACUUUAAUUCAUCGAAAGUACCGACUGUUUUUGUUUUCUUUCUUACUUCGUCUAUUUUGCUUUUUUUUAUUAUGGGUUAUUAUGUAUUGUCUUAUUUCACCCACCGAUUUUAUUCCUGGUGGUUUAUACUUUGAUACGGCUACUACAAUCUUUUUUGCUGGAGUUUUGGGCACUGUUGUAUCAAGAAUUUCCAGAGUACCUUCUCUUGUUUGUAUUAUUGCAGCUGGAAUUUUAUACAAUAACAUUCCAACUACGGGAUAUUUAACUUCAGGUAUUUCAUCAACGAUGCGGGUAUUCGUUGGAACAUUUGGACUUGCAGUGGGAGUUCUUCGAGCUGGAUUGUCACUAAAUAUUACAGCAUUAAAGGAGAAUCUUCUCUCUUAUAUGAUGUUUGGAAUUCUUCCUAUGGCUGCUGAAGCGGUUGUUCAUGGUUUUCUUUGUAAAGAAUUAUUUGGAUAUCCAAAUUUUCAAUGGGCUAUGAUGGAGGGUUUUAUAGUUUCUGCUAUUGCCCCAAGUGUGGUGGCUCCUGCUCUGAUUGAUUUACAGCGUAAAGGUUACGGAACACGAGGAGGUCCGGCUAUGAUGCUGCUCACCUGUACUACUAUAGAUGCUGCUAUUUGUGUAUGGGCUAUUCAACUUCUCCUUGCGUUUGAGUUUUCUACUAUGAGUAGGACUCUCGCUAUUAUUCUCGCACCUGUGCAGAUGAUAGCCGGUUUUUUUGGAGGAAUUGCGCUUGGCGGCAUCAUGUACUUUUUUCUCUUCUACGUUCUUUUUAAAGAGGGGGAGUGGAUUUCUGUCUCGGACGCGGCCCCUCUCCGUGUGACGCUGCGGCACGCCACUCACGCCCGGCGCUGGGCGCUCGCCCUCUUUUUGUUGUUGAGUUUCGCGGUGUUGGCUGCCGGCCGCAUGGGCGCCUCCCUCGGGGGUGCCGGUGUGGGGGCCAGCGCGAUGGCUGCCGUCUUUGGGCGUCUCAGCAGUCGGCGGGCGGCCGGUAAUGGCGCUGCAGUCCGGCAAGAUCUCGCGCGGAGCCUCGCCACCGUCUGGGACUACGCCGUCAUGCCGGCCCUCUUCGCUCUCACAGGGGCGGAUAUUGACGUGCACGAAGUCUUUAACCGUGACUUUAUUGGAUACGCCAUUGCCGUCACCGUGGCCGGUCUGGCCGCCCGUUUCGUGGUUGCCGUACUGACACCGCGACUCAUGCGCAUGCCCCUAACAUGGCGUGAGCUUCUAUUCUGUGGUAUUGGGUCUCUGGGAAAGGGAUCCGUACAGGGUGCACUAGGCGCGGCAGCAAUGAUUAACGCUCAGCAGGAGUUACUGCGUGCGGUAACGGAGGAGGAGAUAGCCCAGGCGGAGCGGCGUGUAGCGUAUGGACGUGUUAUGAAGAAUACCGCCGUGUUGUCUAUGCUCAUUGCCUGCCCACUCUGUGCCAUUCUGAUCGCUUCUCUCUCCCAGAAACUACUAAAGCGUGACGCAGAACUUCCAUACGAGGUAGUCGGUAGUAACAGUGAGGAAGAAAAAAAGAGUGCCGAACAGAAAUCAUCAUAA